GCUGGGGCAGGCAGCGCGGGGCAGCGCCGUGCGCCACUGGCGGCCGCACAGGUAGUGCAAGACGCAGGGCACCGUGCCGGGCACGGGAGGGGGUCCCUGCGCUCGGGUCCUUACUUGUCGUCGUAGCUCCAAGACACCCCCACCCCCAACAUCCCCUUCUGAGACGCUGGCCUGUUUGAAGAUUCAUUCCGCCUUCUCCAGUAGCUCGGGACACCCUGACUCUCCUGUCCAUGCCUCCUAGAGCCCCCUCCUCGCUGUCACCUCGUGCCCUGCAAUAGUUUCAGGACCCCAAGGAGCAAAUCAGCCCCUGCGGACUCGCCCAGUGAAGAGAACGAGCUGGCUCUGCUGUGGAACUUGGAACAGACGCCUGGGAGGCUUCGCUGAGGCCCGGGAGAGAGGUGUCUUCCUCCCUGUCGCGCCAGGUCAGGCGGAGACGCCAAGCUUUGGGGUGCUGAGAGACCUCCAGAUUACUGCAGUGGAUUUGUGAUCAGCGUGGGCCGCUCUCCCAGGAGGCCUGGACAGGGGCCCCCGGGCUGGAGGCAUGUGGCUACCGCGUGUGUCCAACUCGGCGGUGACCGCACUCCUGCUGGCACAGACCUGCCUCCUGCUCUUUCUGGUCUCCCGACCAGGGCCAUCAUCGCCAUCAGGCAGCGAGGAGCGAGUGCACGUGCUGGUGCUGUCCUCGUGGCGCUCGGGCUCGUCCUUCGUGGGCCAGCUCUUCAGCCAGCACCCCGAUGUCUUCUAUCUGAUGGAGCCCGCUUGGCACGUGUGGGCCGCCCUGUCGCACGGCAGCGCUUCCGCGCUACACAUGGCCGUGCGCGACCUGGUACGCUCCGUCUUCCUGUGCGACAUGGACGUGUUCGACGCCUACAUGCCCUGGCGCCGCAGCCACAACCUCUCCGACCUCUUCCAGUGGGCGGUGAGCCGCGCGCUGUGCUCGCCACCCGCCUGCAGCGCCUUCCCCCGCGGCGCCAUCAGCAGCGAGGCCGUGUGCAAGCCGCUGUGCGCGCGCCGGCCCUUCGGCCUGGCGCAGGAGGCCUGCCGCUCCUACAGCCACGUGGUGCUCAAGGAGGUGCGCUUCUUCAACCUGCAGGUGCUCUACCCGCUGCUGCGCGACCCCGCGCUCAACCUGCGCAUCGUGCACCUGGUGCGCGACCCGCGGGCCGUGCUGCGCUCCCGCGAGCAGACAGUCAAGGCUCUGGCGCGCGACAACGGCAUCGUGCUGGGCACCAACGGCACGUGGGUGGAGGCCGACCCCGGCCUGCGGGUGGUGCACGAGGUGUGCCGCAGCCACGUGCGCAUCGCCGAGGCCGCCGCGCUCAAGCCGCCGCCCUUCCUGCGCGGCCGCUACCGCCUGGUGCGCUUCGAGGACCUGGCGCGGGAGCCGCUGGCCGAGAUCCGUGCGCUCUAUGCCUUCGCCGGCCUCAGCCUCACGCCGCAGCUCGAGGCCUGGAUCCACAACAUCACGCACGGUACCGGGCCUGGCGCGCGCCGCGAAGCCUUCCAGACCUCGUCCAGGAACGCGCUCAACGUCUCCCAGGCCUGGCGCCACGCGCUGCCCUUCGCCAAGAUCCGCCGCGUGCAGGAGCUGUGCGCCGGGGCGCUGCAGCUGCUGGGCUACAGGCCGGUGUCCUCUGAGGUCGAGCAGCGCGACCUGGCCCUGGAUCUGGUGCUGCCACGCGGCCCCAGCAGCUUCAGCUGGGCGUCGUCCACCAGCUCACACAGGGUCCCUUAGUCUAGGCCCUAGUUGAGGCAAUUUUGGGGCCUGGGAGUCGAGUGCCUGGUGCAGAGGGGGUGGGGCACACAGGGAAGCAGGUCCUUCCCCUACUAGGAACUGGGAGUGCGGGGUCCUCCCCUGAAGUGGGAAAGGACUCAGUCCCAGACUCCAUGUUUCUUUCUCUCCCGGUUCUUGGCUUUCUUUUCAGUCCUCUCUAUGAGCCGAAUUCCCAUCAGGUCUCUCUUCACGGUAAGUGAAAAUCUUGCCCCCCACUUCCUUUGAGCACAGGGAGAAAAUUCAGAUGGCUUGGCUCCCAGUCAAGCGCUUUCUUUCCUCUUAACUCUCUCGGCUGGAAUCCACCCUGCAGCAGCUGAGAGGGAUUCCCCAGCCCUGGCUGUGAGUUAAAGGGCACUGAAGUCUGUACAUCUCUCUCUCUCUCUCUCUCUCACAUACACACACACACACACACACACACACACACACACACACACAGAGCCUGGACUCUCUUCUCCGUAUGACUUUGGCGUCACACUCCAUCAAAGCCAUUGGCCGUUAUAUUCCCCUGUGUCUUCAGUGAGAAACCAGACAAGACACCUUGUGGUCUUGUGGUCUCCCACUGGCUUGUCCCUACCCACCUCUCAGGAGCACCCCUCAUCACCCUGCCCAGGUCAGGUGAACCUUUGAUUCCUCCCGACAAAGGGAAAGAUCCUACCUACAGAAAUGAACAUAGUAAUUUACCUGUGUGAUACAGAUUAGAGUUUACAGCCUGCAAAGUUUGAAAAGCGAACUCAGAAGUGAAGGGACUUGUCCAAGGUCACCCAGUGAGAAGGGGGAUGAAGGGAGGAGAGAGAUUUUGCUCUCACAUUCCACUGGGGAGAGGAGCGUGAAUCAGGUGUGCAGUGACCUAUGUCCUGGAUGAAGAAGGGUCAGAUUUUCCCGUUUUCUUUACUUUAGGGAACAGCAGGCAGAGUCAUGGCAAGGGACAUGGCUGGGGGAUACAGGAGGCUGUAAAUUCUGGGCACAGAGCUUAUCAUGCUGGAUGAGCCAGAAGGAAGGCAGUGGGGAGGAAAGGUCGGGGGAGACAGGGCUGAGGGGGGCAGGGCAGCAAGCCGGGCACAGCGGUGCCAGAGCUGGAGGUUGGCAGCCUAAUUGCUGCCUGGAAGGCAGGUGGGGCCGGUCAUGGGGUGAACGCAGCUAGGCAGGCUCACCAGGAGGUUGGAAGAGGAAAGGCUCUGGGCUGCUUCUGUCUUCCUUGGGACUUCCGGGCCAGGCCCUGGAGGAGAGCAGAGUGAGACUCCUGCCUGCAGGCCACCCCACCUGGCUCUGGCCACAGAGGGGCUCAUGGAAGGGGUACUGGAUGUGCGGAGGGCUUAGUCCUGAGCUCAGGAAAUGGGAGCCAAGAGUUACUCAGUACGUGUUUAAAAGAAAAGCUCACAGAACCUCUGGGAAGGACAAGGAAGCAGAUCUGAGGCCACACAAGUCAACGCAAUUACACUGGGGCACAGAACUGGUCUCGGACUGAGACGGUGGCCACCAGAACUUCUGACCUUUUUAUCUCUGAAAUGAGGGAGCUGCCUUCAUGAUCAGUUGCCAUCAGUUGCCAGGAGGGAUGUGGCCACUAGCUUUGGACUCUCAGCCUGGGUGUGGGCUUAGAUUGGUAGGACCUGGGUUGUGAACUGACAUCCUCACAAGGAAGCUGACAGGGCAAGGAGGAUCUGGCAUUUUCUACUUUACUUGAAGUGAGCACGGGUAUAUUGACUUUGAAGCUGAAGCCAGUUGGAGACUCCUUCCCAUUUUAGAAGCUUCAAUCCACAGAAAACAUGGAUCUUUCCCUGCUGAUAUGACAAGGGGAAGGUAUUUUAAACCACAGAUUUAUCAUUGGGUAUUCUGCAGCUUAGAAGGUGUUAGUCGAUUCAAGCCAUUGUAACAAAAAUACUUUAUUUUUUUUUUUAAGAUAUGGGGUCUUAUUCUGUCCUCCACUCUGGAGUGCAGUAGCACGAUCAGAGCUUACUGCAGCCUCAAACUGGGGUUGAGUAUGUUGCCCAGGCUGGCCAUG